GGGCAGGUGAAAGGAGUACACAGCGCUCCUGGGCUGCAUGGAGCCAGUUACAGGUUUAUUCCUGCUGAAAAGAGAAGACAGAAAACACAACGUUUCGUCUGUGAGAAAGACAGGGCGCUCAGCGAGCUGAUGGCCUGGGAAAGAGGAGGAGGCAGGAGCAGUGAGGAGAGGGGUGAAACGGGCAGAGAGGACAGGAAGACGGGUCUGUCCCUGAGAGGAGGAGGUGUGGACCAACUUCCAGGAUCGUCUCUCUGCUGGGGGCAGCAGACGGGGAUGGGUGUGAUCGUGGCGUCGGAGUGGAAGGAGAGGCUCUGGGCUUGGAGAGAUCUUCAUCGUCACAGCCCUGACGUGUCUCCGAAGCGCUCUCCCCGGUGCAGACAGGCUCCCGGCAGCAGAGGGCAGCGUCGGCACGCGGCGCUGCUCUCCUCCUGCAGCCAGGCCCUCCCCUCGCGGGAGAGCGAGCGAGCGAGCGAGCAGGGAUAGCAGCCGCGCGCGCUCAGCUGCUCUCAGUCUGCGUGCAGAGCUGGCGGCAGCCGAGCCCGGAGCCCCUCUUCCAGCGCCUGCCUCUGCCAGAGCUCCUGCCUGCCCGGGGAGCCCCGUCCCUCCCGGCGCCCGGCGGGGACACGGAGUGCUCACGCUUCUUCCUCUUCUUCUUCCGCUUCGUCUUCUUCUUCAUCCUGAUCUGCGUCGUGCGCUCCGUGUACAUCCUGGGAGCUGCUCUCCCCUACCCCCUCCUCAGCCACUCCGCCGUCUGCCUGCUCAUCUACUUCUCCAUCUACCUGAUCUACAAUUUCUGGUAUUUAUGAGGGCCAGGGGGCCGCGGGGCUCCUCUUCCUCCGCGCCCUGCCCGGCUUCGUGUGAUGGGGCGCCGCGCGAGUGCGCCCGGGCGUCUCGGCGUGUCGCUCAGCUGAGCCCCGGCGCCCGCGCCGUGCUGCUGGACCCCUGCGCUCUGCCCCAGUGACGGGGAGCAGCCCCUUCCCUCCGCCGGCACCAGGAGGGAGACGAGCCGCGCGCGCGGAGCAGAUCCCAGGUGUCAUCCCGUCCCUGCCAGUCCGGGAUCGCGGGAGUGGGGGGGUGAGUCGGGAGCGGCCCGCCGGCGGGGGCAGGCUGCUGUCGGACACGUCCUCCUGCCCGAGCCUCGUCCGCGCCGCGGAACCACCGGCGCCGCACUCUGCUCCGGCACGGGCUUGCCUCUCGUUUUCCCAUCGCUCCCGAGGAAAUCGUCGAGAGAAUCGGAGCCAAAACGCCGACCCGAAUCCCGCAGCUCCGUGCUCUCCGGAGAUCGGGCACUUCCACACGCACACGCACACGGGCUCCGUGUGACCGAUCGAUAACUCCACUGGACCCAACUGUGGAGCCGCGCUCCCGGAGAAUUUCCAUCCGGGCUGGAAUAGUCGCGGAGCAGCCCAGCGCCCCGAUUCCUCCUCUCCCCGGGAAUCUGACAUUCCAGGAGCGUGGCCCGGCGGACUGCGCGAUCAUGCGAUAAGGGCCGAGGAGGCCGGACGACUCGAGAAGCCCCGCGACCUCUGGCUCCCCCGCUGUCCUCCCCCCGGGAGAGGACGCCCCCCACAGGCCGCCGCGCGCGCUAUGAGGUGGCGGAGACACUAGCGGGAGCUCGGCGGCCCCUCCCCUCCCUCAGUCCCUCCUUCCUUCCUUCCUUCUGUCCUGCCGGAGCCUGCCCGCGGCCCGAGACCCCGCUCCGAGCGCUGACCGCCAGGGUGAGGCCGCUGACCCAACACCCCACUGGACUCUGGGACACGCGGGAGUCCGGAGAGCGAGGCCCACACACAGGGACACGGGGACUGCAGGGAAGGGCUUCUCCUCGCCCCGUCUGAGCAGCAGGACCCGCCGGCGCCCCCCUGAUCCCGCGCCCCCUCCCCCUCUCCGCCCCGCCGUUUCGCCUGCUGGACUCUCUCCCCCCUCCGAGUGGCUAUGCACACGAGGCGCAGUUCACAGCUGUCUUCACCAUGCUCGGCCCGCUAGCCCGGCGGGGAGACCCUGCCUGCGCACCUCACGGGAUUGACAACACCGCUCUUCGCCAUGCCUGUAUUUUGCUACGACACACAGUCCCCUGCCCCUGCCCCUGCCCCUGCCCCAGCCCCAGCCCCACCACGGACUCCCUCCAGAACACGAACUCAGUGCUGCCGGACUUCUUACAGCCCCGCCUCUGUGCUCCCCUUCCUCCUCCUCCUCCUCCUCUUCCCGGGGGCUGCCGACUCGCGCCGGGCACCGCAGCCGCUGGUCCCCAAGCUGACCCAGGGGCUCAGCAUCGCCGUGAUUCUGGUGGGCAACUCUAGCGAAGUGUCGCUGAACGAGGGGCGCGAGAAAGAGGACUUCCAGCACAUGGCCAUCAGCCCCAGCGUGGAGCUGGUCACCAUGAAUGAGACCGACCCCAAGAGCAUCAUCACGCGCAUCUGCGACCUGAUGACCAAGAACCGGCUGCAGGGCGUGGUGUUCGGGGACGACACCGACCAGGAGGCCAUUGCCCAGAUACUGGACUUCAUCUCUGCCCAGACACACAUCCCCAUCCUGGGCAUCCGGGGCGGCUCCUCCAUGAUCAUGGCAGCCAAGGAUGACAACUCGAUGUUCUUCCAGUUCGGCCCGUCCAUCGAGCAGCAGGCCACGGUGAUGCUGAACAUCAUGGAGGAGUACGACUGGUACAUCUUCUCCAUCGUCACCACCUACUACCCAGGCUACCAGGACUUCGUCAACAAGGUCCGCAGCACCAUCGAGAACAGCUUCGUGGGCUGGGAGCUGGAGGAGGUGCUGCUGCUGGACAUGUCCCUGGACGACGGGGACUCCAAGAUCCAGAACCAGCUGAAGAAGCUGCAGAGCCCCGUCAUCCUGCUGUACUGCACCAAGGAGGAGGCCACCUACAUCUUCGCCGUGGCGCACUCCGUGGGCCUCACGGGCUACGGCUACACCUGGAUCGUGCCCUCGCUGGUCACGGGGGACGCCGACAACGUCCCCGCGGAGUUCCCCACCGGCCUGAUCUCCGUGUCCUACGACGAGUGGGACUACGGGCUGGAGGCCCGCGUGCGCGACGGCGUGGCGGUGAUCGCCACGGCGACCUCCACCAUGCUGCUGGACCGUGGGCCGAACACGCUGCUGAAGGCUGAGUGCCACGGCACGCCGGACAAGAAGGGCAGCGGGGGGGCAGCGGGGGCGGCGGGGAACCCCAACGAGCUGCUGCGUGUGCAGAUUGAGGACAGCAAGUCGGCCCUGAACUCCCCCUCGGCCACCAUGAACAACACGCACUCCAACAUCCUGCGGCUGCUGCGCACGGCCAAGAACAUGGCCAGCCUGUCGGGCGUGAACGGCUCCCCGCACAGCGCGCUGGACUUCAUCCGCCGGGAGUCCUCCGUCUACGACAUCUCGGAGCACCGGCGCAGCUUCGCCGGCCACUCGGACUGCAAGCCGCCCUACCUGCCCGAGGACAACAUGUUCAGCGACUACAUCAGCGAGGUGGAGCGGACGUUCGGCAACCUGCACCUGAAGGACAGCAACCUGUACCAGGACCAGUACCUGCACCACCACGGCCUGCCCACCCGCCCGCACAGCCUGGGCAGCGCCAGCUCGCUGGACGGGCCGCUGUACGACUGCGACAGCCUGGGCGGCGGCGUGGCGCCCAUCUUCACCACGCAGCCCCGCGCCCCCCUCGCGCACCGCGCCAGCAAGUUCGAGCUGGUGGGCGGCCAGCCGGCGCCGCCGGGCUUCCAGCCGGGCCUGGCCGAGCUCUACGGCAAGUUCUCCUUCAAGGGCGGCGCCUCGGCCAGCUCGGGCUUCAUCGCCGGCGCCGGCUCGCCGCACGAGCGCUACUGCCCCGAGGACGGCAACAUCCGCUCCGACGUGUCCGACAUCUCCACGCACACCGUCACCUACGGCAACCUGGAGGGCAACGCCAAGCGGCGCAAGCAGUACCGCGACAGCCUGAAGAAGCGGCCGGCCUCGGCCAAGUCGCGCCGCGAGCUGGACGAGAUCGAGCUGGGCUUCCGGCGCCGGCCCCACCUGCACCAGCACCACCCGCGCCGCGCCGCCUCGCCGCCCGCCGACCGCAAGCGCGCCAACUGCUCCUCCUACUUCCUGCGGGACAAGGAGGGCCUGCGCGACUUCUACCUGGACCAGUUCCGGCCCAAGGAGGGCGUGCCGCAGUGGGAGCACGUGGACCUGACAGACGGGCCGGGGCCCGGCGGGGGCGGCGGCGCCAACUGCACCAGCCUGGUGCCGGUGGAG